CUACUCACGUGCAAAGUUCCGUAAAGAAAUCACAUAGUUUAUAUCCACCCGACUUACGAUCCAAUCAAACAACUUUUAUACAACGGAAUUUUUCUUUAACUUUUUUUCAUGAGAGUAUCAUGGAUGUCAUUUCUUCACGAGACUUCACAGGAAAGUACAAUUAUCGACUAGGUUUGAUAUCACAAAAUUCCAAAAAAAAUAUUCCCUUGUACUUUUUGAUCUUAUACUAUUCAUAUAGGGUUCACAGACACCCAAGUGAUGCAAAUGCCUGCCCAAAUAAGUGCAUCUCCAACCGGAGGCCCUAUAUCCGUCCUCAAUGUCCGGGCGGGUUGCCCAGUCACUACUCAGACAUAAAAUCAUCAUCUAAUCAAACAGCGCAUAGCCAGCUCAAACGUCCGUAUUGACCGGCAUCUCCCAUACUCGGCCCAUGUCCGUGGUGGAUAUGCGGCGGAUCGGACAGGUCCGGCCACUGCCGCCACGUCAGUCCGGCCUACGUCGCCCCACCUUUGUCCCUACAAAUAUCUCACCCGGACAGCAAACCCUAGUCAAAUCCUCACUCCCUCGACCUCUUAGCUCCACUGUCCAUCUCCUCCCUUUCCUCUCCCCUCCCCUCCACCAUGGCUGGCAACAGAUCCGAUGGUGAGUCUGACGAGAUCAACCGAGCGAUGAUCGACAGGGAUAACUCUAGCUCGUCCGCGCUGGAAGACGAGGAGCUCGCGCUCCGCAUUGCCAUCCACAACUAAUGGAUGGAUAGGAGGGGGAGCUCCUGCUCAACGGCAUCCCGGCGGCCUGGAGGGGUAGCUGCAGCUCCGUGCCGGCCCGCGGCAGCUUGACGCGGUCCACUUCGUCCCUGGACAAGUGGCAGGGCGACCGCCAGCCCUUGCUCCUCCCGGUCGGUACUAGGUGCUCGUGCCUGCACCGCCAAGCCCGCGACCGGGCUUGCUAGAGUCUUAGGUGCGCAGCGUAGGCCGCCUCCAGCCGCUUCGGCGAGGAUCUCCGGGAUCAUCGAUGCCAUUCACUGCUCUUCCACCUCGGCAAAGACGGAUGCCCGUUGCCUGCGCCGCAAAAUUGCGGUGGCGCUCAGCAUCGGGUUCGAGGAGUCGGAGCAGGUGGCGAGGCAGAAGGCGGUGACUGGAGAAAGUCGCCUGUCUCGCGAGGGAGCAGACCGGGUCGCGCGUCCAUGGCCAGGAUCAUCUUGUCGUCGCCCUCCUAGGACAGCGGCACCACCAACGAUGACGACGCCCCGCACGCCGCUGACGCCUACGUCGAGGACCACCGUCAGUCCCGAGACCCCAAGGGGAAGCGGCCGGCGAGGUAGUGGUGAACCGGCCCUUUCCGUUUACUUAAUUUUAAUUUAGCUUUUAUUUUAGUUAAGUGAUGAACUCCAACAACUCUUUUGGAUCAGAUAGUGCAAUACUUAAUCCCCUACCCAUGUCGGUUAUGCUAUGUUUUAUAUGUUGCAUGUUGAUCUAGGUAGUUUCAUCACGUUGCAAGGUUUUGUAUGAAUUUAGGGUGGACAUUUAAGGACCACGCUUACAAACCGGGAGAAAUGGGGAUGCCCGGUCACUUUCUGCUUUUUAAUACAUAAAACUAUAGCACUGCCCUUUCAAAAAAAAAAACUAUUGCACCGCGGAUUAUCUUGUGGGGGAUGGUGGAUUACCUUGCCAAUUUUUCAUCUUCUUUAACAAGAUGAGACUUUAUGUCUAUCCGCAAAAAAAAAAAAAAGAUGAGACUUUAUGCAUAACUUCAUUCUGGGCAUCUCUAAACUUUUGCCAGUCUACGAUGCAGCUAAAUAUUCUGAAAUCUUACCAAACAGGAAAAAAAAGAAUGAUUGAAUGUAGAGCUGAAAGGCAUCGCUUCACUUCAAAUUGAGCAUCUCUACACUUUCUCUAGUCCAUGUCACAGGACAUCCCGUAUUCCUGGACUCUUCUCAAGUGCAACGGAGAGCGUAAUUAAGUUCAACGUAGGAGACAAGACCAACAGAGAGUUUUAUAUUUGACAGUUCAAACUACCGUGGUGAUGGCAGCUUAGCUUAGCUAAAGCACUGCAGGCAUUUAACCAGCUUCAAACCAUCGGUACUCACUUAACACCACACUUAACACCUGAUGCCAUACUUAUUUAUCUUUUAAACCUUUUUACCACUACAAUCUCAUCACGCGGCGGAAUCAUAUGGAGUUUUUUUCUUCCACUUUUACCUUUCACCUUUAGUUCACCCCUUUUCUUCUCUCUCUCGGGAGAACGGGGAAUAGUUGGUUUUAACACAAGACAAACCAAUAAAACAAGAAUGGGUACAGAUAUUACCACGUGGUAAAUAUAAACAAAUACUCAUCCAUCACACAUUUGGUAUUUCUCAGUACAAGAGUACUGGUAUUUAUACAAGUUAAGUCCCUGUGCCUUUCAUUUGAAAUCCUGAGCCCCUCCUGGCGACAAGAAAAACCCCUGUCCAAUGAAAGGGAGCAUGAUGAAGAAGGGCAAGUGGUCCAAGGAAGAAGACAAUCUGAUCAAAAACCACAUUGAGAAGUAUGGCAUUGGCUGUAGCUGGCAGGGAUUAUCCAAUAUCUUAGGGCUUCGGCGCUGCGGCCGGAGCUGCCGUUCAAGGUGGCUGAACUACCUCCGUCCGGGGCUGAAGCACGGCAACUUCACGCCGGCGGAGGACAGGAUCAUCUGCGAGAUGUACAGAAAGAAAGGAAGCUGCUGGUCCGUCAUCGCCGCCAAGCUCCCCGGGAGGACGGACCUCGCCAUCAAGAACUACUGGAACAGCACGCUCAAGAAGCGGUUCCCCCGCCCCCGCGCGGCGAGGAGCUGCCGCCGCCGCCGCACCGGCGGCACGAGCACGUCGUCCGACGCCACGAGCCUGGACCUCGCGCUGGUGGUCUACGACGAGGAGAGCACCAGCGGCACAGCGCGGGACCUCCCGCUGGUCGUAUGCAACGAGGAGGACAGCGCCACCACGGCGCGGGACCUCCCGCUGGUCGUGUACAACGUCAACGAGGCGAGCGCCACGGCAGGGUCCUCGUCGAGCCACGCCGGCGCCGUCUCGGCCGGACCGCCAGUGCAAGCGCGUGCCCAACCGCCACUGCUGCCCACAGCCGCCGCGAACGAGGAGCCGAUCGCGGCGGUCCCGGUCAGCGGGCCUGUGAAGAUGGAACCGCGGACGCCGCCACCGCCAGCUGAUGAAACCAGCGAGGAGAUGGACAUCAACUGCUGCCCCAUGUCUCCGCUCCCCCUGGGGCUCAUGGAGCCGGAACUUCCUUGCAUUGCCAUGGAUCUGCCUAACAUUGCCGGUUUCGACGACAUCGACAGCCUCCUCUCCUACUUUGACCACUGAUCUUAGGGUCCCCUGAUCUUAGCGUAGCAACAACGUGAUGGUUAAGCUGAUUCAGGAGUGGCUGUGUUUUAGGUCAGAGUUUAACACUUACUGUAGUUGUUAGGAUUGGGCGUUGGGUACACGAGUGACUCUAUUAUUCUAAAAUUUGAAGACCAUAUGCUAAUCUAAUUCUGGAACAGUUGCUUUUCGUGUAUAUCUACUAAUUCGCGCAUAUUUUGUA